ACGGGUGCUGUGAUGGCGGCUCUCGGGGAAGCUGCUUCGGUGCUCUCUGAGGGGAAAGAUGGCGUCGCUCAGGGCCCGGCGGCGCCCCCCGAGGCGGCUUUGCCUCUGCAGCCUUUCCAGAGCCGCCCCGCGCCGGCGGGCGAGGCGCAGCAGAUCCAGCGGUUGGUAGCGGUGGCCGGGAAAGGGCAACCCGACGAGGCGUCUCUUGCAAGGAAGGCAGUCUCGGAUUUGGUCUUGUCCGCCGGCCUGCCGGCUCCCGCCUCAUCCUCUCCUGGGAAUUUGGGUCCUUCGCCGCCGCCAGCCCAGGAAAGCGGCCUUUUGACGCCUCCUCUUUCCUCCUCAGCGCAGAGCUUCAACGCGGCCACGGAGCCCCUGCCGGCGUCCAGCGCCCUGCACAACGCGGCACAACAGUUGCAGGAUGUGGCCCGGCGGGUCGCCCUCCAACAGGGCAAAUCGGAAGCGGCGGCGGCGGCUCUUCCUCCCGCCAGGCUUCUUCCAGCCCAGCAAUUUGAAACCAUCUGUGUCCAAGUACAGUCUGAUCAGACCAAAGAAAACGAAAGGCCAGAACUAUCUUUUGCUGCAGUUCAGUCACAAGAUGUAGCCGUGGCUCAGCCAGUUGAGAAGAAUGCAAAGGUGUUAGGACUCAAUGUCAUUAAUCCUCAGAUCAUUAGGAUACUGCCUCUUACGGAAACUGGAUCAGAUCAGUUUUUCCUACACAACUCUUCUGGGCCCACAAUUCAGCUGCUCCUGCAGAGACCUCUACAUCCUCGUGGACAAGUAUCAGCAGAUAAGAUAACAACACACUGCAUGUUAAAUGAGCAGAGAAGCAAGACUACACACACUCCAAACAUUACUGUGAUUUCAACUAAUCUGGCAAACUCUGCUGGAAACUUAGAGAAGAAGCAAAAGCUUAAAAAAAACCUGAAGGUGAAAACCCGAUCUGGGCGGAUUUCACGUCCUCCCAAAUAUAAAGCUAAGGACUACAAAUUCAUCAAAACUGAAGAUUUGGCAGACUGUCACCAGUCCGAUUCUGACGACUAUUCUGAGCUCAGUGUAGAAGAUGAUGAAGAGGGCAAGGAGAAGGAAACACCCUCAUUGUUUGGUGCCUUGAAUUGUGACUUGCGGCCAAAAUUGUUCAAGUGUCAGACUUGCGAAAAAUCCUACAUAGGAAAAGGAGGAUUAGCGCGGCAUUAUAAAUUGAAUCCUGACCAUGGACCUCAAGAAUGUUCACCGUCUUCCUCUUUGAAUAGCCUUUGUAUGAUGACAUUGCUGGAAGAUGCUGGGAAAGCAAAUGGUCAGAAGAGUUAUCAGACUGUUGUACCACCACAGGUUACUGACACUUUAACAAAUAAAAAGGGAGAUGCUACAGAAAAUCAGCAACAGUCUGGUACAGGUGAAGGAAAGAGAAUAUUUGCAGUACAACAAAAGGAUACCCGUUUGCUACACUCAGGUCUAGGAAGACCUCGACCACCAAGGCAGCGCGGCCGCCCCAGGAAUGCUGAAAGAUCAAGAUAUUCCAGCAGAUUUAGCAAGCCUGGACAGUUCCCUUCCAAGUUUAACAAUAAGUCAGCAGAAUAUCACAGUGUAUUCAGAAGGAAAGCUAGGCUAGAAGAGCUGAUUCAGCAAUGCACCAAUGAAGAUUUCAUGGAGUUGGUGGUCCCGCAUUUUACAGCAUUUGUUACUGUGUUUGAAUUCCUACUUAUGAAGGUAAAAAAGGAUGAGCCAGCAAAAACACUCUUUCCUGGUAUAUACAGAGAAUUUGAAGAACUGCAUGCUAUGGUAAUGAAAAUGUGCCAAGAGUAUUUCAGUAAUCCUGAAAUAAAAGAGCCUGUGGAAAUAAAAAAUCCCAAGGUUGCUGAAUCAUUAGGAAUAAAUUGCAAUUUAUUUGGAGUGCAGAGUAUUCAAGCAGGCUCUUCCUCUAAGCAGGUUAAAACUUUUGGCAAGCAGAUAUUUCCAGAGGCUUCAGGACAGAAACGAGCAGCUGAGAGUUCUAAUGAAUUGUUGCCACUUGCAAAAAGGAGUAGAGAGGAAAGCCUGCUGGAGAAUAUGAAUGAUUAUGCAAAUCACCAUGGAAUGGAAGAAACCAGCGCUACAAAUGAAGAUUUUCCUCCAGAAGAUAACUGUGGAAAUAGACUGGUAGAGGAACAAUGUGAAUCACUUGAAUUAGAAGUUGGAAUGGAUUGUGCAAAUCCUAAUCUGUCCUGUCAGCCCAUGAAAGCAGUGCUUGAGAACUUGCAACUUUCAAGAAAAUUGGGCCUGGAUUGUUGUCCAAGCUGCCUGUUUGAGCCGUCUGUCAAUGCAGAAAAUCUGCCAGAGAAACUCAUGAAAGCAAACUCACCUUGGAACACAGCAAGCAGACCAAAGGAGUCUGGAUUUUGUAGUACUCUAGCAUUUGAGGAAUCUAGUGAAAACCCUGGCCUAUCAGAACGUGAAGAAAACAGUCAUAAGGAAAAAUAUCAAGAACUUCAGCAGAAAGAAAGGAAAGACUCCUCCAUUACCAAAAAGGCAGAAUAAUCUGAGAACACUGAUAAGGUUAAUGAACUUCAGAAAUACCAUCCAGGUAAUGCCAUGGCAGUAGCUCAGCCAUUUUGAGACGCUAGCAGAGAGUACAGCUCCUGUAUAAGAAGCUUGAUAACUCAACAGUGUAACUGACUUAAUUUAUGGGAUGUAACAAUGUGCUGGUUGGAGAAAGCUGGCAAAUGCGUAAGAGAGGAAACAAUAACAUUUCUUAUGGAUGAUGGCCACAUAUUUUUCUACUAAACAAAUCACUGAAGCUUCUGAUGGGCUGGUUCUGCUUCACCUUGGUAGUACUGUUGUUUCAAACUGACUGUUGCUGUUACCAGUGUGCUCCUUCGCACAACUAAAACGUGUUUGAAAAAUUUUGGGGUGGGGGUGU